AUGCUUGGUGCAAGAAAGGUCCUGGUGCUCAUGAUGCUACUCACCCUCUCCCCAUGCUGUGAUGCAGCCCCUUAUGCACCGUUCGAGUGCUGCUUCAGUUACAUAAAGUCCCCUAUCCGGCUGGCUAACCUGAAGAGUUCCUACAAAACUCCCAAGGACUGUUUUUGCCAAGCAAUUGUGUUUGAGACCAGGAAUGGGAGCAAGGUCUGUGCAGACCCAGAGAUGACUUGGGUGCAGAAAGCUGUUCAGAGGCUUCAAAAAAAGGAAGGACUUCAUGCCCCAUGA